AGAUGAUGAGAAGCAACAGCAAUUGACCUGUGAGCCAUUUCCGGUACCAAGAUUUCGGAUCGUGUCCACCUCCGAGAAACAGAACUCUACUUGCGAAGUAGAACCGCAAGGCAUGAAAAAUCCAGAUUGUGCAAGUGCAUCUACGUCUAAGUCUCCUGCUUCACCAGUCAUGAAGAUGGCGUCA